UUGUUUUUUUUUCUAUCAAUUCAGAACAUUCAAAAGAUUCGUUAUAAAAUAACCGCUACAAAUAUUCUAUUACAAAAUAAUCCAACAAAAUUAAUAAUAUCAAUUUCUUUAACUGCUACAUUUAUUUUCUGAGUGAUAAAAUUUACUAAGCAUUAUCAAAGUUUUGUAAAUACGUGUGAAUAGUAUAAACAAACUAUGGAGAAUUUAGAUAAUUCACAGUGGCGUUCUACAGAUUCUAACUCUGAUAAUCUUGAUGAAUCGGCUACAGAAACUAUCAAUUCAUCUUUUUUGUCAUGUAAUACACAAAAAGAUAAUGAAGAUUGUGAUUCUGAAGAUGGAUUAUUAAAUGCAAUGAAUAAUUUACAAAUCACAACAGUUGAAAAAUCCGAACAGCUUGAUCAUUUAAAUUCCACCACAAAAAUUAAUAUUGAUAAAGAAAAUAACUUUUUAGAUGAAAAAGUAGAUCAUACUCAAGAAAAUACUCAAAUAAAUAAUACACUGAAUUCAUCUAAAAUAUUUAAAAAGCCUCCAACUCCUAUGAAAUCGAAGUUAGCUGUUCCAACGAAAACGAAAACAAUGUCAUUACCACCUCCUGAUUUAUCAAAAUCCAAAAUAAUGAACGUUUCGUUAAAUUCGUCAAUAUCAAAAAAUAAAAAUUCCAAAGAGACGGAUAAACGUAUUAUUAAAACACUAGUCGAUACAGAUGAAGGGAUAGAACUAAGAGAGGAAAAAAUAAAUCAUUUUUCGAUUCCCAUAAUUGAUGGUAAAAAGAAACGUACAGAACCUAUUGGAUUCAGUUUUUUAAGUAGAAUUAAGAAACCAGUGACAAAAAUCAAUAAUAAUGAAGCAGAAAAAAACAUUACAACGGGAAUACAACAAACUAAUAAAAAUGUUUCAUUAAAUAAUCAACGUAAAACAGUGAUUCGUAGUCGAUCAGCUUUAACAAUUAAUAGUAAUGUAGCAAAAGGUAAUGAAACCUUAAAGACAAAAUCUACAUCAGCAACUAUGAAACGUUCUAUUACGACAUCAACUCUUUCCGCAGUAAAAAAUACCAAGAAUGUAAAAACUAAUGUCAAUACGUCAACUCUUAAAAGAGCAAAUCAAGAAAAUAAAUCACCAAAUGAAAAUAAAAUCAAGCCACGAAUACAGCAUCAAUUUUGUAAGGCUUUACCUCCGAAAUUACAUACAGACCAAAGAGCAAAGAAAAGACAUGAAUUUGACGUUAAAUUAAAACAAAAAGAAAUGGAAAUUGAAAAAAUACGAUCUGAGUUAGAGAAAAAGCAACGAGAAAAAGAAAAACUCGAAGAAUUAGCAUUGAGAAAGACUAUGGAACACAAAGCAAUUCCUGUGCCAGAAUUUAAAGUACCUGCUCCUAUUCGUUCAAAAAAGCCAUUGACAGAACCACAGAGUCCAGCAUGGGCACUUAAAAUUAAGCAAGCUAAAUAAUUAUUAGUUCAUGAUAAUUUUUUAUUAUAUUUAUAAACUAAAACAAAUAAUAUUUUGAUGAAUCGUUUUAUAGAUAAAUGUCUUUCAAUUGACGUAAUAAUUUUUAAUAAAAAAUAAAUAUUUUUAGUGAAAAAAUAUUUUUAAUUAACAAACAUUAUUAUAAUUUAC